ACUGCAAAAGCUUUUUCUUUUUGUGCACAUUUCUGUUCCUAACUCACAGUGGCUUGUACUUAACAGGACUGCCUCACAAUCUAUAUGGACAGAGAUGGCUACCACCAGUCUUCUUUACCUGUAUGAAUAUGCAUUGUCCAGUUUGCAUGGACCACUUACUGAUGAACCAAACACCACUCCCUUAUACGACUAUGGUGACUACUACAGUAGAGGUCUUGAUCCAUCUGUGUUAUCCUGUGAUUAUGGAGGUCAUGCAUCCAACAUCCAACCUGUGUUAUACUCUCUGUUCUUCGUGUUGGGUCUGCUGGGUAACCUGCUGGUGUUAUGGGUGAUGUUGAUGGGUGUAAAGCUGAAAAGCAUGACUGACAUCUGUCUUCUGAACCUGGCUUUAGCUGAUCUGCUGCUGGUCUCCUCUCUCCCGUUCCUGGCUCACUAUGCCAAAGAUCAGUGGGUCUUUGGAGGCCCCAUGUGCACCAUGGUUUUAGGCGUCUAUCACAUUGGAUUCUACAGUGGGAUUUUCUUUGUUGUACUGAUGAGUGUUGACAGAUAUUUAGCUGUGGUUCACACUGUAUCCUCUUUGAGAGUCAGAACAAAGACAUUUGGGAUAAUAGCCAAUGUGCUCAUCUGGAUCAUUGCUGUUGCAGCAUCGUUUCCUGAGCUUAUGUACCUGAAAACCAAUGAACACAAUAAUAAAACAUACUGUCAGUCUUAUCCAACAGAUGAUCAGAAAUCUCAUCUUUAUGCAAAGACGGUUGGUAUUAUUAAAAUGAAUGUUUUAGGAUUAAUUAUUCCACUGUGUGUAAUUGGAUUUUGUUACUCAAGAAUUCUUCACAGACUCUUAACAGUUCGGUUUUCCAGGAAACAGGCCAUGAGACUUGUCAUUGUAGUGAUGGUUGUCUUCUUCUGCUGUUGGGCUCCAUAUAAUAUUGCAGCUUUUGUGAAAGUAUUGGAAUUUAAUGAACUCAUAGAGACAUCCUGUGAAAAAAGCAAAGCAAUCACUCUUAGUCUUCAGAUCACAGAAGCUCUGGCUUACUCACACAGCUGCUUGAAUCCCAUUCUCUAUGUGUUUGUGGGAGAGAAAUUUAGGAGAAACCUUUUUAGACUCCUGAACAAAACACCCGUCAUCAGAUUACAGUUCAUGAAGAGUUGCCUUACACAUGCUACAGGAUCUGUUUAUUCACAGACUCCCAGUGUGGAUGAGAGACAUCCGUGGGAUUGAAAUAGAGAUCCCCAAAUGCCUAUUUUAAAGCACCUGUUUGACAGUUGGGGGGUGUUUGAAGGAUAUUUAGCAUUUCUGUUGUGAGUUAUUUUACCUUAGCAUCCAGGGGUGUGUUUCCCAAAAGCAUCGUUAGCUAAUUAUGGUGGUUCUUACUCUAUUGGUAACAACAGAACUUGUGACUGUAGUUGCUUUCGGGAAACGCAUCCAAAAGCAUCGUAUGGUUAAGUAGAUCGUAAAAACGAUCAUACGAAUCAUCUUAGACUAACAGGCCUCUUCCCAAAAGCAUUGUAACUUAAGUAGCACUUGAAAAUUGACGUAGAUCUACAAGUGCUCUGGAGUAAUCGAAAAUCCCUAAGUGCGUCAUAAGACGGAGUUACAAAGUCACCUGCAGGACAAUCGUCAAAUAACCCCUACAUUAUUAUUCCUGUGCAAUAACAACAAUGUAAUGGUUUUGUAUGUAAAUUUAUUUAUGUGGUUCUUUUUGUUUUUAUUGGUUUAAUAUAAAAAUUAUAGAAAUCAAAAUAAAAAAUG